AUGACAUAUUUACAACGGGUGGAAAAUCUCAUUGUGACAAUUUUAACGAAUAAAUUAUUGGAUAAUAUUACAGCAAAAUGUCAAACGUUAUUCCGACAAUUUUAUGGCAAUCAGUUCAUCGAUUUAAAGAAGUUAAUGAUUGGAAAAAUCAAGUUACUUUUAUGCGAAGUGGAGUGA